AUGGCUCAGUGGGCGUACCGCUGUCCAAUUCAGGGUACUCAAUUUUACGAAAAUUGUGCCUUCAAGGGAGUCCAAGAUUUUGUAUACCCCUCUGGCACUAAGUCUCGUACCGGGUCUGUCGAGACACCGCAUAAGCAUGUCAAGCUGUCCGGCCAAUUCAGACGUCUUUUGGCUAUAGCGAUCGCACUGCCAUUGCUGGCAUUAAUCCUUGUUGUCUACAGCGGCCUAUCAUUACACUGGGAGCGUCUGGAGUUUAUAUUUCAUCGCAUUGUCCAACAAGCCUGUUCGAGUCAGAACAACGCGUCCUGGCAACUUGCCCACGUUGUGAUGGAAGGCACUGGUAUUCCAGUGACAAAAUUUUCCAAGCAGACACAGUUGGAACUUUGCCAGCAGUGGAAACAAGCGCCACCAACCAUUCUAGGUGUGGGUAUUUACAACGGCAGCCCUGAGAAUGCCACACUAACUGAGGUGUUUAAUGUGGUGGGAGGAGCUUUUCAAGUGUGCAACGAAAUACAUGGCAAGUUAUUUAACUACCCUGUCAUUAUUUCCUUGAGUAUACUUAUAAGUGUUUUUGUAUCGCGCACUGUAAAGUGGAGUGCACAUCCGACUGCCUCUUCUAUGGCGACUUGA